GAGUUUCCAGUUGUGUGGUCCAUCUAAGAUUUGUGUUGUCUUCAUCUUUGGGAGAAAGACCUAAAAUGAGCUUUCAAAAUGGUUGGACGGUAUGGAUUUAGGUCACAUACAUCACUAUGAGCCCAACAGUCAGUGGUCCCACCCACCUUGCCUAAUCCGCUCCCCUCUCAUUAAGCCCCAAUCUCCUCUCUCAAAACCCUAACGUUGUUCUCAUCUCUUUCUUCGACAUCUCCUUCUCUCACAUUCGUCACCUCCAACGUCACCAGCAGCGCUGCUGCUUCCACCGGUAGGGUCACCGCACCACUAGCGGGUAGCACCACCUCCUGCGUCACCAGCAGAGAGUGGUAACACUGCCCAUUCCCAACAUCGCCACUUCCAGCUCUAGCAUUGGAAAGCUGUAGCAACACCGCCGAUUCCAGCGGCUGACUCCAUCAUCAUUCAAGCAGCACUCUCUCAUUCCCAUCAUCGCUUUGUUUCCGCUGUCGUUGGCGUAGCCUAUUUACUUAAGGGAUGGUACACUAGAGCCUGCUGUGCAGCUUGGCCCAUUGCCACUAAUUCAUUACUAAAAACCCUGCCUCCAAGGGCUGAAAAAUAAGGGAAAUCCCAACAACAAUGGGUGCUGCUUCGUCUUCAUCAUCAUUGUCAGAGCAACAAUUUCAAAACACUAGGAAGCAGUCAUUAGGGCUUGUGGUGAAUGCCAUGAAGAGGAAAGACAGCUUCAUACAACUAUUCUUCAUGACGGGGAUCCUCCUCCUUAGCAUGAGAUCCCUGGGCCAGAAGUACCGUAUCAACGAUCUCUGUGAGGACACCGCCUCACUCAAAGAGGAGCAAGAAUCCCUCGCCCAGCGGAUGAAGGACAUCAAGAACACCCUCCUCCAUGAAGCCUCCCUCGACUCCUCCGGUGUGUUUGCUUCCCGUCUCCGUCUCCUCUUUAAUGACGCUGACAGCAACUCUCCUCCACCGCCGCCUUCGGCCUCCUAACUUAGGUGAAUUACAUUCACUCCUACACAUCUAUGGUUAGCAAAUAUCUCAUUAUUUUGACCAAUGGGAAGACCGAAUGUGAAAUUCUGCUGUUGGACGCACAGUUGAUUGGAGUUGCAAUUAUUGGUCUGAAAAAAAAAUCAACCACUUUUGUGAACAGUUUCUCUCUUUGAUCUAUUUCGGCCAGGAAUUUUUCUUUAUGUAAAAUAAUAAAAUUUGAAGUAUUUUUACUGCUAGUAUCAUUAGGUUUGAAGUAGAAAUUGUACUCAGCUUCAACUUCUUUUUUAAAAUUUUAAAAUACAAUUGUUGAUUUGAUUGAUUGUUCCCCACUUAA